UCCACUCCGUCCUGCCCCUCCAACCAGCUCCGGGCUUUGACUCUCCCCGGCCCCUGGCUCCGUUCCCAAGCCGGCUCCGGGUUUCCGCCCAGCCCCGCCCAGCGCGCUCAGCCUGGCCCCGGGGCGCAGCAGGGAGCCGGUGCCCGAGGGGCGAAGGGACCUUCCCGCCCCCAGCCUGGCACCCAGUCCUGGACCUCGCCCGACACCCCCCUCCCCCGGCAGUAGGGGGCAGCCCAUGACUCCUCCGUGGGGCUGAGAAGUCCCCUCCCCCCACGGCCCCCCCAUGCUGCCCCGCUCGCUGCGCCAGCUGCUGGAGGGGGCCCGGCUGGAGCUGGGGGAGGAGCAGGGGGUCACUCUGAGCGGGUACCGGAGCUGGUCCCCCGACCCCCCGCAGCCACAGCCCCCAGUGACUCUGACUGAGGAGGCUGAGGAGGGAGUGAUCUACACAGUGACCACGCGCCAGCCAGGGGCCCCGGGGGGGGCGGGGAGCCAGGCCCGCUCGCUGAAGGCCGGGUCGCUGGUCCGGCUGGUUCGGCACCUGCUGGAGGCCCAGACGCUGGGCGAUGCCACCUACAUCCCUGCCUUCCUGGUCACCUACCGGGUGUUUGCCCGCCCCCCCAUGGUGCUGGGGCUGCUGCUCGACAGGCUGGAGGAGGUCGGGGCGCUGGAGCCAGGGCCCGUCUCCCCAGAGACAGCUGAGCUGCAGCGGGCCUUCUCCUCGGUGAUGUGCUCCUGGCUGGACAGGUACCCCGAGGAUUUCGGAGGGGCCUUGGACUCGGGCCUGGUGGAGCGACUGGGCCGGAGCCUGCAAUGUGCCCUGGGCCAGGGCUCCGAGGCCGAGAGACGCCUGCUCGCCCUACGGGGGGUGCCGGGGGGGCCCAGCAAUGGAGGGGAGCUGGAGGAAGAAGAAUGGGGGGCGGGGGAAGAUGGCCCUGAGGGGGGUGUGACCCCCAGGGGGGACCCUGACCCCCUCGACAUCCUGAUCUUCCAAGCCGACCAUGUGGCUUCUCAGCUGACGCUGGUGGAGGCGGCGCUGUUCCUGCGGGUCGUGCCCUACCAGUGCCUGGGCUCGCUCUGGUCUCAGCGGGAGAAGAAGGGGCGGGAGCGGGAUUGCCCCAGCGUCCGUGCCACGGUGCGCCAGUUCAACCGCCUGGCGGGGGCCGUGAUCCGCUCCUGCCUGGCGAGGCCGGGGCUGCGCCCCCAGCAGCGGGCCCGCAUCCUGGAGAAAUGGAUCCACGUGGCCGAGGUGAGUGUGGGGCUGGAGCUCAACCCUCUGGGGUCGUCACACUGCAUCGGGCCCCCAAACUCCAGUCGCGUCCCUGGCCCCCAGCACCGGGCCCGCAUCCUGGAGAAAUGGAUCCACGUGGCCGAGGAGUGCCGCACCCUGAGGAAUUUCUCGUCUCUCUGCGCCAUCAUCUCUGCCCUGCAGUCCAGCCCCGUGCACCGGCUCAAGCGGACCUGGGACGAGACCGCCAGGGACGCGCUGCGCAGCUACGAGGAGCUCAGCACCAUCUGUUCUGAACAGGAUAACUACAACCUGAGUCGGCAGCUGCUGUUCCAGGAGGGCACCUCCAAACCGUCUGGCACCGACCCAGCCCCACGCCGGCAGCUGCGGAGACCCCAGGAGCAGCGCCCAGUGGGCGUGGUUCCGUACCUGGGCACCUUCCUGCGAGACCUGGUGAUGCUGGACACGGCCAUGAAGGACGAGCUGGAGAACGGAUACAUCAACUUCGAGAAGCGGCGCAAGGAGUUUGAGGUGCUGGCCCAGCUGCGUCUCCUGCAGUCCGUGUGCCGCAACUACAGUGUCCAGCCCAGUCCCCCCUUCCAGCGCUGGCUGCGGGCGCUGCCCCCCCUCUCCGAGGCACAGAGUCACAGUCUCUCCUGUGAGAUCGAACCCCCUGGGGAGGCCCCAAUCCCCCAGCGGCCCCUGAAGCCCACCCUGGUCAUCACCCACUGCACAGAGCUGCUGAGCUCCGUGGGGAACCCCCUGGUCUCCUGGGAGGGGCCCAGCUCCCAUGAGGGGCCCUCCGGCUGCAGCCCUGACCUGCUGCCGCCCCCCCAUGGCCCCACGCAGCUGCUGUCUCGCCUGGCACAGCACAUGAAGUGGCCGUCAGUCUCCACGCUAGACACAGCUCCUGAGAACGUGGGUUCCUCGGCCGGGGGCCUCUCGCCCCCCACCCCCACCGGGGGGGGCUUUCCCCGGGGGCACCGGCGCUCAGCUUCAUGCGGCUCUGCCUUCCCUGCCCCUCCCAACCUGGAGCCUGGGGCUCCCCCCUCCGACUGCUGCAUCAUCCGCGCCCGCAUGGCCCUGCACAAUGGCAGCCUCUACAAAAGCAUCCUGGUGACCAGCCAGGACAAGACCCCGUCGGUCAUCGCCAAGGUGCUGGAGAAGCACGGCCAGGAGCGGGCGGCUGCCCCCCAAUUCCAGCUGGUCCAGCUGCUGCCUGAGGGGAAAGAGCUGACCUUCCCGCCUACAGCCAACGUCUUCUACGCCAUGAAUGGCUCCAGCCUGGACUUUGUGCUGCGCCCCAAGAGCGCCGGGGAGCCUGCCCUGCCCCCCAGCGCCGCCCCCCGCAGGGCUGAGCUCAGCGCCACCUUCCCCAAGAUCAAGGCCACCGGCCGCAAGCUGGCCAGGGCCCUCUUCUGACGGCGAACCCCACAACCGCCCUGGAGGAACGGAAGUGACCUGCACCCUCCCGGGCUGUGAGGAAGGGAAUUGGAGCUGCCUGGGGCUGUCCUCAUCUCUCCCGGCAUCAGGGGCUGGUCUGCCCAGCAGCCUCAGGGCCAUGACCUAAGUGCCUUGAAAUGGGUGAUGUCCUGACAGCCCCUCCCCCCAGAGGCCAGGACCUACUUCCUGUCCACCCAGGAGGCACAGCUGGGGGUGGGCUGCCCCCAUGGGGAGCAGGGGCAGUGACCCCCCACAGCAUGGUCGCACCCUGCCAGGACUCUGUGGGGAGGCCAGCGUGGUAAUGUCCUGCUAGACACAGGUGGGACAUGGGGUGCCCCCACUGGUGCCGAGAUGGCAGCGUCUCAGGGACUUGUCCCAACUGGAGGUGGGGGGGAAGGACUCUGUGAUCCAAGCCCUGCAGGGGCAGCUGAUUUCCCCCCCCACAUAAUCACUGUACAGGGGGCUUGUGGCCCCAGCCCUCUUUGCUGUAACACUAAUGCAAUAAAGACACUAGAAGCAGC